AUGGUAGUUUUAGCACAGCAUUGUUGUCUGAGUACUUUAGUUCAUACUGGUGGAAAAAAAAAAGUUCAAAUCUUUGCAUCUGGGGUUAACUGUUUUGAGGAAAUACUAGUGGAGUUUUAAGCCUAUCCAUGGCUUGAGGAAAUUAGGCUUAAGAGAAUGGUUGUUUGUGAUGAGUCAUUGGAGUUGGUUGCUAAGGCUUUUAAGAAUUUUAAGGUUUUGGUUUUACGGUCUUGUGAAGACUUUACUACUGAUGGACUUGCUGCUAACUGUAGGAAUCUGAGGGAACUUGACUUGGGAGAAAGUGAAGUGGAAGACUUGAGUGGCCAUUGGCUUAGUCAUUUUCCUGAUAGCUGCACAUCGCUCGUGUCACUUAACAUUGCUUGUUUGGCUUCUGAAGUCAGCUUUUCAGCUUUGGAACGUCUAGUUGCUCGCUCGCCUCAUCUAAAAACUCUUCGGCUCAAUCGUGCUGUGUCCAUCGAGAAACUGCCCAAGCUACUUCGCCAUGCUUCCCAGUUGGUUGAAUUUGGUACCGGGUCCUACUCUGCUGACAUACAAGCUGAUGUUUCCGAAGUUUUUGUAAACGUAUCUCAAGCUUUUUCGGCCUGCAAUCAACUCAAAGGCUUGAGUGGGUUUUGGGAAGCCGUGCCAGCCUACUUUCCAACUAUAUAUCCAGUCCACUCCCGACUAACCUCUUUGAAUUUAAGCUAUGCUACCAUUCAAAUACCUGAACUUGGCAAGCUCAUCAGCGACUGCCAGAAUUUGCAGCGGUUAUGGGUGCUAGAUUACGUUGAAGAUAGCGGUCUUGAAGAGAUUGCCAACUCUUGUAAAGAACUUCAAGAGCUUAGGGUUUUUCCUUCUGAUCCAUUUGCUCCGGGACCGAAUGUAUCCUUGACUGAGCAAGGUCUUGUAGCUAUCUCAGCCGGCUGCCCUAAACUUCAGUCAGUUUUAUACUUUUGUCGCCAAAUGACUAAUGCUGCCUUGGUUACUAUCGCAAGGAACCGUCCUAAUAUGAUCCGAUUUCGUUUGUGUAUUAUCGAACCUCGAACUCGUGAUUACUUAACCCUAGAACCGCUUGAUUCCGGUUUCGGUGCCAUUGUUCAACACUGCAAGGAAUUGCGACGACUUUCCGUUUCCGGUCUCCUUACGGAUUGUGUGUUCGAGUACAUCGGGGCCCAUGCUAAGAAGUUAGAGAUGCUUUCCUUAGCUUUUGCCGGGGAUAGCGAUCUGGGUCUCCACUACGUGCUCUCUGGUUGUGAAAGCCUCCGUAAGUUGGAAAUUAGAGAUUGCCCUUUUGGCGACGAGGCUCUGUUGGCUAAUGCUGCAAAGCUGGAGACAAUGCGAUCCCUUUGGAUGUCUAAUUGUUCGGUAAGUUUUGAAGCAUGUAAGCUGCUAGGUCGAAAGUUGCCAGAACUUAAUGUUGAAGUCAUAGAUGAGAGGGGUCAUCCGGAUACGAGACCGGAAAGUUGCCCCGUUGAGAAACUUUACAUAUACAGGACAGUGUCGGGCCGGAGGUUCGACACUCCCGGUUUUGUUUGGAUAAUCGAUGAAGAUGAAGCUUUGACUAGAUAUAGCAACGGGAAUUGCUCGGUGGCUUCUGCUUAGGAAGACUUCAGUAUAUUUCAGGUGUUAUAUAGUUGAGAAGAUCAUUGGAAGAAACCAAGUGAAAAACAAGUCAAAAGAUUGAAGAAAAUGAGAAAACUGGCUAGGAUUCGACCCCGACUCAUAGUUGGGUUAACUAUAUUGUUGGCGAUCGUGUACACUUUCUCACUUUGAGGAGUGGAUUUGGACGUCAUUAAUUUACUUGCUUGAGCCUUGUGUAGUUGCAGUGCUGGUUAUGGUGGGAUUGAAGCUCAUGUGCUAUCAAUUUUACCCUUUGUCGAGCGACUUCACAGCUAUUAGUUACGAUUAAAGAGUUUAAACUCUCUGUGUUGUGCUGUAUCAGUAAAGACUAGUGUAUUAUGUUCAAUUGUGUAUGCUAUUUGUAGACAUUUUGUAUCAUUAUGUAUCUGUUUAACUUUCUCUAGUGACUUGUUCUUCUUGUG